CUCGUACUCAUAUAGGCGCUGCUAAAACUCCCUAUUCUUGACAUGCCAGCUAUACACGAGCAACUGCUUCGCCUAUGUUACGAACUCAACAACUGACGCGUCUAGCUCGCUUGGUUUUUUUUGUCUCCCUUGCUUUUCUCUCGGACGUGCUUUCCUAUACUCAAUCGGUAGGGAGCUCAGGUGUCGAUCACGAGAAUAGUUUCGCUCGUUUCUUCCUCUACCGCAGUUUUCCGUAUUCCGCAAGUUCCGCAACACUCCGAAGCCCUUAUUUUGCCAGCGGGACAUUCCCAGCAAGCCCCACCACCGUUGUUAUCAAACCUCUGGUCGUCGGUGUCUAAUGUUUUAACCACAGGUUGCAGUGUUACACAGGGAGAGCGGCAAAGAGAGGAAAAUUCCCAGAGGAAAAUCAAGUUUGCCAGCUGUUGCUAUGAUACAACAGACACUGAUCCAGUGAGCUCUAUAUAUAUAUCGAGUGGUAACUUUUCUUAUUUGGCUAAUGUUCAGGAAAUUAACUAAAACAGCAAUGAAGCUCAUUGGUCAUACAUUAAGAUUCUUUACUGCUCUAAUAACACUCGUAUUUGCUUUGGAGAAUACGGCCGCCAGUGUAAACUUUUGUUAUGAUUCAAGUUUUGAAGAUUUCAGGCUAAAUACAACAAUUCACUCAACCGCAUUCGUCUAUGAUUGGGUUGACUGUGCUGGGGAGUGCCUCAAAGAGCCAUGUUGUAGAUCUAUCAACUUUAAGAAGGAAUUCAUCUCAGAAAAUUCUGAAAAUUACAACUGCGAAAUGUUGCAUCAUGUCAUCACCGAUGCAUCCAACAACUUAUUGGAACCAAAUUCAUCCUACGAUUACGUAUUUUUUCAUAACACAAAAAAGAAAUUCAAUUUAAAUUGCUUAGAUCCAAAAGCGUGCAAGAUGGCUCUCGGGAUGGAAAAUGGUAAUAUUAGUGAUGAACAAAUCACAGCAUCAAGCGAACGUGAUAUAAAUCAUAGGGCGGCUAAUGGAAGAUUGAAUUUUACACCACGAGAUGGAAGAAGGGGGGCGUGGUCAUCGCAGCAACAAGAUCUUCAUCAGUGGCUUCAGGUUGAUUUCCAAAGAUCUACUCUGGUCACAGGAAUCAGUACCCAAGGAUGGAAUGGAAAAAAAUUCUUUGUUAAAUGCUACACCGUCUCUAGCCAAGAUCUAGAUGGAAAGAAAUUUCAACAUUUUUUAGAAAAUGGAGCAGUUAAGGAAUUCCAAGGUAACACAGACGGAUAUUCCAUUGUCCAUCACAUGGUGAUUCCUCAUAUUUCUGCUCGGUUUAUUCGCAUUCAUCCAACGGCUUGGGACCACGGAGCGUUUUUCAUAUUGCUGGUGCUGGGAGCCGCGGUCCUGCUAGGAGAGGCCUCUGAAAUGGCCGCAAAUGCCUCUCAUUUCAUGCCGGAUUUCUUUGAAGCAGACUUAGCAGUUAUAAUUGUUGAAUGUUAUAGUAGUUAUGAUAGUUAUGAAUGUACUGAAUGUAAAUUGGCUAACUUUGGAUUGCGAGAAGAGUUGAAAUUACUCGGGUUGCUGUGGUAG